AUGACAGCAACUGUAGUGGAAAUUGGCCACUUGUUUUUGAAAACUUAUUAUGAACGUAUGAGCAAAGACCCUUCAAAGGUCUCUGCUUUAUACUCCAACACUGCGGAAUUAACCCACAUUAAUUAUCAAUUGGAUUUUAAAGAAGAUUUAAUUACUGUACCUACAGUGAAAAUAACAGGUAAAGAAAACAUUAGUAAAUUCUUCACUAGAAAUAAUAAAAAAGUUUGUGAUUUAAAGGUUAAGAUUGACUCCUGUGAUAUUCAAUCCACUGGGGUGUCUAGAUCAGGUGUUAUCAUAUUAACUACGGGUGAAUUGUUUUGGACUGGAACCCCAACUUACAGAUUUUGUCAAACCUUUGUAUUGGAGCGUAUAGAAAAUAAUGCUAAUGCCUUAGACAUUGUCAAUGAUAUCAUUAGAUUUAUUCCUGAACCUUCUUAUGAAUAUCAAAUACAGCCUUCCAAUUCAGUUACUUCGAAUAAGGUAGAAAAUCAAGUGGCAAUUGAAGAAACUGUUACUAAAUCCAACGACAUCGAUGUAGAAGAAUCAAAAAAAGAUUCUGCUAUAGAAGUUAGUAGGGAAGAUUCUGAAAUAAUACAGAAUGAGAUUGACAAAAGUGAUGAAAAAACUGAACCUAAAGAUUCAACCAGUUUCACUGAAGCAUCAACCGAAUUGGAAAUCGCUAAUACAACUGACGAUUCCACUACCUCAGUUUCUGGCUCUUCACCAGUCCCUGUAAAAAUAAGUUGGGCAUCAAAAUUAGCUAGUGUCGAACACAAGACUACAGAGCAACCUUCUAAUAAAGAUGAUUCAUCUGAUGAAACUAAACAAAAAGCUUCAAUAGAUAAAAAGUCAUCUGAAUUCGGAUCUAAAGAAAAUAACAAUUCUAGAAGUAACAAGAAGAAGCAAAUGUUUAGCACCGUCAACAAGGAUGGUUUCUAUCCAAUAUAUAUUCGUGGCACUGCUGGUGUUAGUGAAGAAAAGCUGAAGAGUACUUUAGAAAAGGAGUUUGGUACUGUUAUGAAGAUAACAAAUGCAGACAAUUUUGCAGUAGUUGAUUUUGAAUUACAAAAGAGUCAAACUGAAGCUUUAGAAAAGAGAAAAAUAAAAGUUGAGGAUAUAGAGGUUCACUUGGAACGUAAGACUCUGAGAAAAUCAACUUCUACUUCUCCAGUGUCUUCCAACACUUCUCGCCAGCAUAAAAAGCAUUAUAUGAAAAAAAGAGAUUGA